CGUCACUAGGUCUUCCUCCUCCCGACUCCCACACAGCCGCCAUGGGAGGGGAACCAUACCUCAGAUAUUCUGCUUUCUUCUGAGACUUCUGAUGAAGUUUCCCAGACAAUUGUUCCUCUAAGCAUACUUCUCCUCCAAUCCCCAGGGUUUCUUUGUCAGAUCUGGAAGCAAAAAUGGAUGAUCCCCAAAUUGAGACCCAGAUCUCAGAUCUGUCAGCAGGAAGAACAAAACCAAAAAGGAAGAAACCUGGUGAUAAAAGUCCUUGUGGUCAGGCAAAGGUACCUAAAAUUGCACAUCAUUCUCAGCGGCAAGAAUACAUGUAUAUUGGAGAUACAAGUCAUGACAACAAGGUAAAAAGGCACAAAAUUUUUAUAAGACUGCUAUUAAUGGAUGUUGUCAAAGCAAUUUGCAUACAAAAAAUUGCAGUAGAACAAAAAGUUUUAGUACUGCAUCAUCACAGUUCAAGAACCUAAAAAUUGCACAUCUAUAUUUGCAUACUAACAGAACUGAAUUUGCAGUUGCAUUUCAUAAAGCAUCAUCACACUUCAAGAACCUAAAAAUUGCACAUCUAUAUAUUGCAAUUUCAGCAGCAAGAAUACAUAAAUUUUAUAAGACAUCUAUUAAUGGAUGCUGUCAAAACAAUUUGCAUACAAAAAUUGCAGGCAUGCAAAAAUUUCGCACAGGAUCUAUAUUUGCAUACUAACAUAACUAAAUUUGCAGUUGCAUUUUAAAAAACAUCAUCACAGUUCAAACUGCUCAUGCUUUAUAAAAAGAAAAUACAAAUGAUUUCGUCAUUGCUCAAACAUUGAGUUAAUUUGCAUUUUCACGAAUCUAAAAUUGCACAUCAUUCUCAACAGCAACAAUAUUUACAGAUUGCAGAUAGAAGUCAUGACAACAAGGUAAAAGACAUCCGAACUUAAUAACACUUUUAUUUAAGAAUGUUGUUAAACAAUUUGCAUGCCAAAAUUGCAGGUGCUCAAAAUUUUGAAUCAGGGCAACACACACAUGCAGCCACAUAUACAAACGUUCAAUGAGAUUUCUGAGGAAUCAGAUUUGUUCAUCCUAGGAAAGCAAAAAAUGCAUACAAGCAAUAUCAUGCUAGAACCACCAAGAGCAUGACAGUCUUACACAUAGCUAAUGCAACAAAUGACAGUAAUGAGUCAUCUACAAAGUGAUAACAUGGCAAUACCUAUAACAAGUUUCACAUCAUUCUUGACUGCUGGCAUAAGCUCUGAGCAUCAAGCAGCAGGACCAAGUGCAGGCAACAAUGGGCAACAACUUAAGUUUCAGCAUCAAGCAGCAGGACCAAGUGCAGGCAACAAUGGGCAGCAACUUAAUGAUUGGUUACAAUAUUCUUUACCUUUAGACCAAGAGCAUGAAGAUGACGAUGAUGGUAACAACAAUGAAGAAGCAAAUGUCAGUGAGAGUGAAUCUGAUGGUGAGCAUGAAGAUGAUUAUGAUGGUAAUAAUGAAGGUGAAGCAACUCGCAGUGAGACUGAAUCUGAUGGUGAGCAUGAAUUUAACUGCAACAAUGAUGCAAAUGAAGAUUACGUAGAGUGCAAUAGUGAUCAAAAUGAAACUGAUGUAGAGGAACAAUACCUGGAACAAAUUAUGUUAUCAUCUAAUCAGUUGCUUGAGGAACAACAUCAUUCAGAACUGCAACAGUUGGAACAAAGAUGGAAUCAUCACGAUUCAGUGUUUGAGGUACAAAUGAUAACAACUGAUCAACAAGUGAGAGCAACGAGCUCUGAAGCAGCUUUGCAAGGCCCUGAUUAUGCAGAAACCACUGCUACAGAUGGCACUAGUGGAAGCGAUGAUUCAGAGUUUGAAAAGGAACAGAAAGAAGAUCAGGAACAAGAAACAGAAAUUUAUGAAGUGGAUGGCAGUGGUGGUUUUGAACAGUCAGAUGAACAGGAUCAGGAUGAGAGUACUGGUGCAUCAGGUGUGGAAAAAAUGGCAGGUACUAAUAAGGAGCAGAACAAAGUUGAAGAAAAAUUAUCUCAGGAAGAUAUAGAAUACUUCCUUGAGAAUGACAGCAUAGAAAAGGCAAUAAAAUUGAGCCAAGAAGAUGAAAAAAGGCACAUGCCAAGUCUUGGAAUGACAUUUGAAAGUGAUGCUCAUGCACACUGAUUCUAUAAUGAAUAUUCAGCUAUUGCUGGGUUUUCAAUUCAGAAAGCUGCGAACUAUCAUUGCCAGAAGAAAGAUGCACACAACAACAAAGUGACAAGGCUUACUAUGAAGUGCAAUAGAUCUGGUAAACCUAGGAUAAGGACAAAACCAACAGCAGCAGGAGGAAAAAGGAGAAAAUAUAAGACUGAGAAGAAUGCACCCACUGAACUAGAAAAUACUACUAACAGAAGAAGGAACUAUACCAUUAAAACAGGGUGUCAAGCUCAGAUGGUUGUUACCUGGAAAUUUGAUAUAUCACAGUGGAUGGUGACAAGGCUUAUCAUUGAGCACAACCAUGAUCUGCAUCCUCCAGGCGAAGUCAGGUUCCUCAGGUCACACAAAUUCAUCACUGAUCAAGAAAAGGAAUUAACCAGAACUUGCAAACGAGUGAACAUACCAACAAGAAAAAUAAUGGCAAUAAUGGCAUUCUUUCGAGGAAGAGGGCUUUCUUCGUUGCCAUACACAGCAAAACAGAUUAGCAACAUGGGCACGAAAAUGAGAAUAGAUAAUGGCUUGAAUGACAUGAUGCAAGUUGUCUCAUUCUUUGAACAGAAAAAAUCAGAAGAUCCUCUGUUUUACUACUCAUUCAAAACAGAUCCAGCUAAGAAUGUCAUGCAUAUAUUUUGGGCAGAUGGUACAGGUAUAAGGAACUAUCAGCAAUAUGGUGAUUUCCUAAGUUUUGACACAACUUACAAAACAAACAAGUACAAUCUGAAGUUUGCUCCAUUUGUGGGUGUAAAUGGACAUGGAGACAACUGCCUCUUUGCAUGUGGUUUCAUACAAGAUGAGAAGAAGGAAACUUUUGAGUGGUUAUACAAAACUUUUCUGAAGUGCAUGGGAGGGAAAGCUCCAAAAUCUGUAUAACAGAUCAAGAUGUAGCAAUGAAAAAGGCAGUGCCUAAGUGUUUCCCUAAUUGCACGCACAGGAACUGUUUGUUUCACAUUCUAAAAAAAGCGCAAAACAAAGCAAGAAGAACAUUUGCAAGGAAUCAGCAUUUGAACGCUCAAUUUCAUGACAUAAUCCUAAACUCACAAACAGUUGAGGAGUUUGAGCAGCUCUGGCCACAAAUGACAGAGGAGUACAAAGUUCAACAUAUCGAGUACUUCGGAAUUAUGUGGAAAAACAGAAAGAGAUUUGUACCUGCGUUCUUCAAGAAUGACUUUUUCCCAUUCAUCCAAUCAACAGCAAGAAGUGAAGGAACAAAUGUUGUAUUCAAAGCAAAUGUAGGGUCAAGUCACAGUGUGAUUGCUUUCAUGACAGAGUUUGACAGGAUAUCACAAAGUAUUGAAGAAAAAAGAAAAGAAAAUGAUUCAGUAACAAGGAGAACAUCUCCAACUAUGUGGAGUGACUGGGCAUUGGAAAAACAAGCUGCAGAACUAUAUAACAGAGGCAUAUUCUACAAAUUUCAGCAAUAGUUGAUGAAUUCAACAAAAUUUCACAUGAUGGAAGUGGAAAAGAACAAACAAUAUGAGGUGUACAAAUCACCAACUCAAGCACUCCUUGACUAUAACCCGAGAACAUUCACAGUGAUUGUUGACACAGAGUCAGAAACUAUUUCAUAUGUGUGUGGGAAAUUUGAGAAGGAUGGCAUUCUGUGUUGUCAUGCACUCAAAGUCAUUCAAGCAUUGAACGUAGAUGAGUUGCCACAAAAGUUUUUCAUUGAUAGAUGGAGACCUAAGGAAAAGAGAGUAUUUCAAGGUAAUGAAGAAAAUGCAAACCUUGAGGAUUUGGACGAGCAAAUGGCAUUCUUCUUAUUUUCAAGAAGGCUAGUUCAACUAGCUUCUGAGGCAUCAAAAAAUCCUGCAAGGAGGAAAAUGUUAAACGAGCAGAUAGGGAAUCUGGAGAAGUUAAUUUUAGACAUACCUUGCAUGCCAGAAAUGGAGCGACCAAAAUGUUCUGCUUCAGAUUUAACAGCUAUCACAGGAGAAAUAUUGACUUCAGAUAGCAAGGGGGAGAAAAAACUAAACGAUCCAGUAUACAUCAAACCAAAAGGAAGAAUCAAGAAAACAUGGAGGCGGAAAAGUAUAGUAGAUGAAAUCAUAUCAAAGCCUAAGGUGACAUGUUCGGGGUGCCAGAAGCAAGGACACAAUAUUACAGGUUGCAAGCAAAUAGAACAAGAGUCACCACAAAAACCUACAAAGACAGGCAAGGAGUAAUCAUUAUUCAUGCAACGUGGAAGAAGAAGGGAUGGUCACUGUCUGAAGAACAGCAAUGCUAAAGCAAAAAAAAAGGAUAUGGGUGAAAAGAAGAUCAACAAUAGGAGUUUUUGUUAAAAUUGCACAAAACUUUGCAUAAUUUUUGUAUGAAAUGAUGGACAUGUAUUUUACUUGACUGAGGAUGACAGAAAAAUGAAGAAUUAUAAUGAGUA